CUUUCUUCUUUCAAUGCCAAUGGUUAACGAAGAAAGGUGUUUGAUGAAUUGCAGAGGGCACGCUUGAAGCUGAUUGUUCAGCAUCACUUACCUGCAGAAGAUCCUUCGAGUCGAUUACUGGUCGAGGCUUUUGACUGGCUCCGGCCGCUCGUGGUCAGCAUGGAGAAGAACGCUGCAGUAGGAAUUAUCGGUAUGGGCGAUAUGGGUCGCUUGUACGCGAAGAGGUUCAGUCAAGCUGGCUGGAGGUACGAAGCCGCGCAGUUUGUUUUCUCAGAACGGUAGAAGUUCUCGGGAGCUCGUUCAUGCUUUCAAGAUGUGCAUUUGCUGCUGCUUGCUACUGUCAAAUGUUAUAUAGUAUGGGACUGAUAGAAUGUCAUGCAGAGUCAAUGCCUGCGACCGACCAGACAAAUUUCAGACACUCCAAAAAGAGUUCGAGAAUGAGAAAGGAAUAAAUAUUUUACCCAAUGGACAUCUUGUUUCAAGAGCCAGCGACUGGAUCAUAUACAGCGUGGAAGCUGAAGUGAUUGGCAGGGUUGUCGCUGAAUAUGGUCCUUCAACGAAAGUUGGGGCCAUAGUUGGUGGGCAGACCUCUUGUAAAGCUCCUGAACUGGCCGCCUUCGAAAAGUAUUUGCCCGGCGACGUCGAGAUCGUCUCGUGCCAUUCCUUGCAUGGGCCUGCUGUAGAUCCCACCGGCCAACCACUUGUCGUCAUCCAGCAUCGAGCCUCACAGAAAAGUGUUGACCUCUGCGUUCGAAUUCUUUCUUGCCUCAAUUCCAAAAUGGUGUUUCUUUCUGGUGAAAGGCAUGAUAGGAUCACAGCGGAUACCCAGGCGGUUACGCAUGCUGCGUUUCUGAGUAUGGGAACUGCCUGGGCAGCAAACCAACAGUUUCCAUGGGAGAUCGACCGCUACAUUGGCGGCAUCGAAAAUGUCAAGAUCAACAUCACGUUGCGAAUCUAUGCGAACAAAUGGCAUGUCUAUGCCGGGCUUGCAAUACUCAAUCCUGCAGCCAAGCAGCAGAUCCGCCAGUAUGCACAGUCUGUCACGGAGUUGUAUAAGCUGAUGCUUGGUGGACACCGUGAAGAGCUUGCUAACAGGAUUAAGACUGCCGGCGCUGCGGUCUUCUCAAAUGAUACUGCCCACCACAACCUCCUUCUGGGAGAUGACGUGCUGGACAAGUUCUCUCUUUCGAAAGCUCCAAAAGAAAGAACACCAAACAACCACCUCAGUUUGCUGGGGAUAGUUGAUUGUUGGUGGAAACUCGGUAUUGUGCCGUACGACCAUAUGAUUUGCUCUACACCUCUUUUCCGCAUCUGGCUGGGUGUCACAGAGUAUCUAUUCCGAGACGAGGCUUUGCUGGAUGAAACGAUCAAAACAGCGAUCGAAGAUAACACCUUCCGGUCGGAUGACUUGGAGUUCACGUUUGCCGCUAGGGCAUGGUCUGAGUGUGUUUCGUUUGGUGCUUUCGAUGCUUAUCGUGAUCGAUUUGAGAACAUCCAGCAGUACUUUGCACCAAGGUUCCCGGAUGCAGUCAGACUCGGAAAUGAAAUGAUAAAGGAGAUCAUGAUGAAAACGACCAAAUGAAUGUCUCUGACCACCAGGUGAGCAACAGAUUGAGUAAAGAUGUAGGAUGGACCUUGCUACCGAUUCUACGCCUUCAUCAAAAUUCCACUCGGCUGCAAUCAACCAGCUGUCUUUGGGAGACGGCAUCCGAGUUUCCCACGGUACAUUGCCGCAAAAGAGAACUUUUUUUUUAACCAGGUCGACGAUCAGCGGAUACAAAUAAGCUCCUCAACUUAUCUGCACCGCCACAGAAAACUAACCACGCACGGCAAAAAACCGAUGAUGAUGAACAUGACCCUCCCAAGGAAGAUAUAGCGAGAAAGAGGAGUCGCGUGGGACUCUACCUCCAGCCUCGUACAGAUAUGGAUGAGGCCGUAUCGCUGCUUCAAAGAGCAAAAAUAGAGCGGCAUGUGCCCGCGCUCUCAGAACACUUCACGAGAUAUCAAAGUCCAUACCAAUUCACAUGUAGAGCAAGGCCAUUGAGAUGGUGACUGGUAUUCGAAACAUUUUAC